AUGUCGGUCGCAUCUAAAGCCGCCAACGCCACGACAGGGUUCCAGCUGCUUCCGAACCCGGUCGACCCUUCCCCCGCCGAGGUCGCUGCUGCGCUCGCCAUUGUCCGUUCCGGUGGGAUCACGCAUCCUCAGACUGCCAAGCCGGAUCGCAGCCUUACCAUCCCGUCGAUCACCACCUCGACGCAGCGCCAAGUCAAGCUCGACAUCUACGAUCCGGCUUCGCUCUCGGCCUCGACGCGCAGACCCGUGGUGCUCAAUUGGCACGGCAGCGGGUUUGUCGUCGACCGCUUCGGUGCGGAUGCGGACGUCAACCGGUGGAUGGUCGACGAGCUCCAGAAUGUCACUGUGGUCGAUGGCGACUAUGUCAAGGCGCCGGAGAACCGGUUCCCGGAGGGGCUGUAUGAUGCCGUGUCUGCGGUCAAGUGGGUGGUGGCUCAGCCGUGGUUCGACGGCAAUCUCGUCAUCAAGGGACACUCGGCGGGGGGCAACUUUGCGCUUUGUCUUGCCUCGCGCAGCAUCGCGCUGUCACUCGGGCUGACACCGGAGGAGUACAGCCACAUCAAGGCGUGCGUUGCGCUGUACCCGAGCACAGACUCGUCGAUCCCGCUCGACCAAAAGGCCACCAACGAGCAGGGCGUCCUUCCCGGUAUCCCCAUGUCUCCCCUCUCUGCUCAAGUGAUGCACUUCUUCUUUGGCGCCUACCUCGGCUGGGACCCGCAAACCCAGCUGACCAUGGGCAAAGACCCGCGCGUCAGCCCCUCCAAAGCUCCCCUCGACUCCUUUGCGCCCAGCUACAUCAUCGCCUGCGAACACGACCCGCUCGGCAAAGAGGCCCAAGACUUUGCCCAGCGCUUGAUCCAGCACGAUGCGAAACACGACUUCUACCUUGCUCAGGGUGUUGGACACAACUACGAGACGCGCAUCCCGGACGUCAGGGAUGCAAAGGUCUUGGACGUGCCUGGCGGGAAGGCCAAGGUGGAGAGCUUUGCAAAGAUGCUCGCUUUCAUUAGGAGACACGUGCCUUCGGUCCAGCAGUGA